AUGCUGUUUCUGCAGCUUGUGUUGUUAACUGUUCUCCUCUUGGGUGGUGACAACGCAGACGCAGCCCAGGAACACAUCUUGUUCCAUGUCAUCCAGAUCUCAUCCUUUGCCAACCAAUCCUGGGCACACCAUCAGAGUCCAGGUUGGCUGGAUGGGUUGCAGACUCACGGCUGGGAGAGUGGAUCAGGUACAAUAAUUUUCCUGCACACCUGGUCCAAGAGCAACCUCAGCAAUGGGGAGUUGACAGAUGUGGGGCAGCUGUUCUGUGUCUACAUCAUUGGAUUAACUCGGGAGAUUCAAGACUACACCAGUCAAUUGCAAUGAGAAUGUCCCUUUGAAUUACUGAUGACAGCUGGUUGUGAACUGCUUUCUAGGGCCACCACAAAAACCUACUUCCAGGUAGCUAAUCAAGGAUCAGAUUUCCUGAGUUUGCAAAACUCAUCUCCAGAGGGUGACAGUAGGGCCCAGAGUGUUUGUGAUCUAACCAAUCAGUGUGAAGGCAUCAAGGGAACAGUGCAUAGGCUUAUCAGGAACACCUGUCCUCGAUGCCUUGAUGCUGGGAAAAUGGAUCUCCAGAGGCAAGUGAGACCAGAGGCCUGGCUGCCCAAUGUUCCCAUCGUUGGGUCUAGCCACCUGUUGCUGGUGUGCCGUGUCUCUGGUUUUAACCCAAAGCCCAUGUGGGUGAUGUGGAUGCGGGGUGAGCAGGAGCAGCCGGGCACCAGGGAAGAAGUCCUGCCCAGUGCUGAUGGGACGUGGCAUCUUAGGGUGGUCCUGGACAUGGAGGCUGAGGAGGAGGCUGGCCUGUCUUGGGUAAGGCACGGCAGUCUAGGAGACCAGGACAUUGUUCUCCACUGGGGUCAUCACUUUUCCAUGAAAUCGGUCCCACUGGCAGUGAUAAUGCCCCCACUGCUUCUAGAAGUCCUUGCAUUAGGCUUAGGAAGUGCUGCUGAGUUCUUUGAGGGAAGCAGUCUCCCCCUCGUUUACACCCAGACAGCGCUUCAGCUGGACCCAGCCGCACGUUCGCACUACUUCUUACUCUGCCCUGCAGUUACUUAG